AAAACUACUUUCUAUGAUACUGAAUGUGCUGUAGGUUCUCUGGUUUCUCAGCCUUACCAUCAGAGCACCUCUGGCGAAGUCGAUUCCGGCGAGCGAACCGUGUUACCGUCAACGUCGCUGGCAAGGUUCAUGCUGCUGAAACCUCUUUGACUUUUCCAAUUAAGCAUUUGUUUUACUGUGUCAAUGAGAGGCAACAUUGGAAUAAGGAUCCCAAACAACACAAUUUCAAAUGCCACCAGAAGAACGCUAGUUGCAUUUUCUACAUCUUCAGGUUUUGGUGAUGGCGGACGUGGUCGUGGUCGUGGAGGCUCCGUCCCUGGUUCAGGCCCGUUCAAGUUCAAUGAAAGAGCUCCUGGUAAGCCUAAUUCCAGUGAGCCCAAAUCUGACAUGACAGAGUCACCCAUUCCUCCUGGUUCUGGUCAUGGCCAUGGCCGUGGCAAGCCAAUGCCUCCGCCAGGUCUUCCUUCUUUCUCAUCAAUUUUAUCUUCCAUAAAUCAGCCACACGCUGGUCGGGGCCGGGCUACUGUGCCCCACCAUCAAAAUGAUUUGCAAUCACCUGCUGGUCGUGGCCGGGGUAUUGUACCUCAACCUCCAAAUGAUUUGCGGUCACCUGCUGGUCGUGGCCGAGCUACUUUACCUCAACCUCCAAGUGAUUUGGCGCCACAAGAUUCUGGACCCAAAAAACCCAUUUUAUUCAUAAGAGAGGACAAUUCUUCUCCAACAACGAGAGAUGGUUUUCCUAUUGAUGUUGAGCAUGUUAACAAACUUCCAGCUGGUCGUGGCGGAGCUACUGUAUCUCAACCUCCAAAUGAUUUGGGGCCACCAGAUUCUGGACCCAAAAAUCCCAUUUUAUUCAAAAGAGAGGAAAAUGCUUCUCCAACAACGAGAGAUGGUUUUCCUAUUGAUGUUGAGCAUGUUAACAAACUUCCAGGCAGCAUACUAGAAGUGUUGUCUGGACUUGGAAGGGGGAAGCCCAUGAAACAGCCAGAUCCGGAAACGCAAGUUAGAGAAGAGAACAGGCAUCUUCGCGCUCGGCCAGCUCGUGGUGCAGCUGCCUCUGACACUUUGCCUGAGAGACGGGCAAUACCAGCCCGGGAUGAUGCAGUGAGGAAUGCACGGAAAUUUUUGUCACAAGGUGAGGAUGAUGGAAGUGGCACAGGAAGAGGAAGAGGGUUUAGAGAGAGAGGUGGGCUUGGCCGAGGCAGGGGCAGAGGAAGAGGCAGAGGUCGAGGCAUAGGAAGAGGAGGGUUCAGAGGGAGGGAUGUAGAUGAAAGACUUGGUCGAUUCAGGGAUGCUGAAGAUUCCUAUGCUACAGGGCUAUAUGUCGGAGAUGAUGCAUGUGGUGAGAAAUUAGCCAAAAAGUUUGGGCCAGAGAUAAUGAAUCAGUUAACUGAAGCAUUUGAGGAGAUGACUGAUAGAGUUUUGCCAUCCCCAUUAUACGAUGAGUAUUUGGAUGCAUUAGACAUCACUUAUGCCAUUGAAUUUGAGCCAGAAUAUUUGGUGGAAUUUGAUAAUCCAGAUAUUGAUGAGAAGGAACCAAUUCCACUUCGGGAUGCACUUGAGAAGAUGAAACCAUUCUUGAUGGCAUAUGAGGGAAUUCAAAGUCAGGAAGAGUGGGAGGAAAUAAUGGAAGAGACGAUGGCUCGAGUUCCAUUGUUGAAAAAGAUUGUUGAUCAUUACAGUGGACCAGAUAGGGUAACUGCAAAGAAGCAACAACAAGAAUUAGAAAGAGUUUCUAAAACUCUUCCCGAAAGUGCGCCAUCUUCAGUGAAACAAUUUACUAACCGUGCUGUUGUCUCUCUUCAGAGCAACCCAGGCUGGGGAUUUGACAAGAAAUGCCAUUUCAUGGAUAAGCUGGUUUGGGAAGUGUCUCAGCAUUACAAGUAACUUACUCUGCCUUUAAACAUGGUGGGUUUUUGUGGUAUACGAUAUCCAUUGUAAUGUGGACAAAUCAUCUGACCUUCUUGCAUGUCAAAUUUUGUUAACUUCAGCUUUGAUUAAAAAACUCCUAUAACUCUUGCAUUAAUAUGAAUUAUAGUUAUCUUUUA